UGUUGCCUAGUGAAGCUCUUACAUUUUUAUAGAUUAAAUAUUUAUGCACAUAGUGUGGGAGGCUGACAGAAAAUACCAGAUGUUAACUCUCUCCUCUGUGGAAACAUUCACCCUGAGAAACAGACUAAUUACAAUGGAUGAAGAUCAGCACUCAUAUUGUGAAGAAAGUAUCCCACUUUCAUUACUAUCCUGGUUCUGGAAGAAGAAGGGGAAUUUUGCAUCUGCUGCUGCUAAAAGUCAAAGCAGAACAGAUGCAUGGGUACGAACAGUUACCCCUUCAUGCUCUUGUGUUCCUGAAGGUUCAGUAAGAAGUGAUCCUGAACCUAAACCACAGACCACCAUUCACUCAUCUGUUCCUCUACCAGGCAGCGUUAUGGAUUUUUCAGGGGAGAUACAAGAACAUCCUUCAUGUGUGAUUAAAAGUGUAAUGCUUGAAGAGACACCUGAGCAGGAUGGGGAGGGAAAAUUUUGGCUGCACAAAAUUGGAAUGAGUAUAAACAAGUGGUCACUACUGAAUUCCCUGAUUGGAAGGGGUGAAGACAGAGCUCUAGAAAAAGAUCAUCAAAAUACAUCUGGAUUUUUUUCUGAAACUGAUCACAAACUGACAGAGCUUGAAGAAUGCAGAACCAAAGAAGUGCCAUAUAUUCCAUACAAAUUAGCUACAUUCUAUAUCAUCAAGCAUGAGGAACAAGCAAGUAGAGCUAAAAGCCUUAGCUCAGUACCAGAUAUGCAACGUCAUUGGCAUGAGCAAAAUGUGUUGGAAACAGUCCUGGAGAAAAUCCAUGUGGCCAAAACUCAAUUAGAGUUGAAGAUGACCAGUACUGUGGGGAAAAAUAAAAAAGACCUUUUAAAGGAUGUUAACAUCAAAAGGGGAGCCAGAGAUAAUGUUGGUCCAAUACUUGAUGAGGAUGGUCACCUCACAAAUUGA